AUGUCAAAUUUGAGAGUUUUGAUCGUGGGCGCAUCCAUCGCAGGCCCAACAGCAGCCUACUGGUUCGCCAAAACCGGAGCAAAAGUCACGGUCAUCGAACGAUUCCCACAGAUGCGAACCAACGGACAAAACAUCGAUAUCCGGACGGCUGGUGUUUCGGUGAUGCGAAAAAUGCCCGGAAUGGAGGAAGCCGUGAAAGCCAACAUCGUGCCCCUCGAAGGCAUCAGCCUGGUGCGUGAGAAUGGCCGGUCCUACGGAACCAUGACAGCUACCGGAAACCCCGAUCAACAGUCCCUUGUCUCCGAGUAUGAGAUUCUCCGCGGUGAUCUGGCGCGCAUUCUCUUCGACAUGACCGAGAACCACGAGAAUGUCAAUUAUGUGUUCGGCGAGCAAAUUGCUUCUAUGCAGCUAGACGAACACAGCGAUGGACCUGUUAUAAUCGACUUUAGGAACGGAACUCCCUCCUCGGAGUAUGAUCUCGUCGUCGCGUGUGACGGAGCUACGUCCAGAACUCGGGCAAUUGGACUAGGCUGUGGUGUGCGAGACUAUAUCCGACCCGUGAAUUCAUGGACAGUUUUCUUCUCCAUUAAGAAAGACCUUCUUGAAGGGCGCCAGAUAGGCGAGGGAUACAGCGCCGUUGGCGGUCGCGCCAUUGGCAUCAGCCCCGAUGCUAAUGGUGGCAAUCGCGUCACGUUGAUGGGAAUCCACCCACGCAACGAUCACGACUCCGUCCGCCACUUCCGCGAAGCGAGCAAACUCGGCACCGAAGCACUCAAGGAAUUUGUCGCGCAACACUACAAAGGCGCAGGCUGGAAAAGCGACGAAGUCAUCCAAGGUAUGAUGGAAUCCGACGACUUCUACGGCACCGAAAUGGUCCAAGUUAAAACACCAACUCUAUACAAAGGACGAUUUGCAUUAGUCGGCGACGCAGGCUACGCACCCGGCCCCACAGGCACGGGUACCAGUCUAGCCAUUUCUGGUGCCUAUAUAUUGGCGGGCGAGAUUGGCAAGCAUCGAGGCGAUCUUGCUUCCGGGCUGAAGGGGUACGAAGAGAAAAUGCGUCCUCUGAUCAAAGAGAUGCAGAAAAUCCCCCCUCUUAUCCCGACGAUGAUUGCUCCUCAGACGGCCUGGGAAAUUUGGUUGCGGAAUACUAUUUUUGCGUUAAUUUGUUGGAGCAGAAUUCCAUCACUCUUCCAGAAAUUCUUUGGAGGCGCUUCCGCGCACUCUGAUAAAUACAAGGUGCCGGAGUACGAAUGGGCAGCUUGA